AUGGUGGAGUUUACCAACAGAGACAUCGAUGUAGUUGAUCGAUAUGAAUUCAUUUCCCGCAGAGAGAGAGAUGAAAUAGACGAUAACAUCGUGAAAGAUGACAACGCCGUCACGAGUGCGGCACAAAAUGACAAACAUGAACCAGAGUUUGAUUCAGAUAGCAAAAUGGAUGUCGAUGAAUGCAGCGACUUAACAGGAUACAAGCGUUCAGUUCCAGCAGUCAUAAACAUUUCUGGAUAUUUAUUCCCACAAGAGUUGUCCAAGGCUUUGGAAACUACUAAACCUGAAAGUAAGAAAGAGUAUGCAUCGCAAUCGGAAGAAAAGUUUCCAGAAGAAGAACCAAAGCUCCACAAAGAAAACAUCGAGAUGGAAUUUGAACAACUUAAAAGGGAAAACACUGAGCUUGAAACGCAGAUUAGCGUCAUGACCGAGGAACUUGAAACGUACGGAAAGAAGAUAGAAACUUUGCAGGCUGACUUGGAUGAGAGCAAAGUUGAAGUAAAGCGACUGCAGUUUAAGGAAGAAUACAAAGAAAGAGAACUGGCAAAUUUAAAACGUGAUCUCCAGAGCAAGGAGCAAAAAUGGAAACAAGGAAACGAACACGUGGAAAAGGUUAUGGCAGAUAUAGGAGAUCUAUGGGAUGAUGUCGAUUACAUGCAAGAAAGCUUAAAGAACAGUCAGGAAAGGAAUGAAAUUCUGACGUUUGAGGUUGAUGAGCUGACGAUAAUGAUGCAGGAAAUGAGGAGAGAAUAUAGGAUUGAACACAGUCACGGUGGAUGCGGACAUCUACGAGAGGAGGUAGAGUUACUAAACGGAUCCUUGGAAUUGAAAGAACAGCGAGUUACUGUGUUAGAGAGUCAAAUUGACGCUUUUCAAGCAGAAAGAAAAGAAUUAUUGAAUAGUGUUGGUUACUUGGAGGAAAGCUUAAAGAACAGUCAAGAAAAAAAUGAAGAUCUGACGUUUGAGGUUGAUGAGCUGACGAUAAUGAUGCAAGAAAUGAGGAGAGAAUAUAGGAUUGAACACAGUUACGGUGGAUGUGGACAUUUACGAGAGGAAGUAGAGUUACUAAACGGAUCUUUGAAGUUGAAGGAACAGCAAGUUGUUGUUUUAGAGAGCCAAAUUGACGCUUUUCAAGCAGAGAGAAAAGAAUUACUGAAUAGUGUUGGUUACUUGGAGGAAAGUUUAAAGAACAGUCAAGAAAAAAAUGAAGAUCUGACAUUUGAGGUUGAUGAGCUGACGAUAAUGAUGCAGGAAAUGAAGAGAGAAUAUUGGAUGGAACACAAUCGCGGUGGAUGCGGACAUUUACGAGAGGAAGUAGAGUUACUAAAUGGAUUCCUGGAAUUGAAAGAACAGCGAGUAGUUCUGUUAGAGAGCCAAGUGGACGCGUUUAAAGCAGAACGCUCUAGCUUUACAAAUGCUGCACAUAGCAUGAAAAGAGAGAUGGAUAUUCUUAAUAACGAAAAGGCGACGACGAAGACGCAGUUUCAUGAACGAAACCGUGAAACAUCAAAGACUAUUAGCGAUCUUCAAGAUGAAAUUGCAAAGUUACAAAAAGAAAAGUCCACAUUGUCUUCCGAACUAUCAAAGAAAUCAGGAGAAGAUAACCAGUUGUGUGAGAUAACAUGUGAAAAAUCGUGGAUUACAAGAAAACUUGAAGAUCAUAUAACAAGGUUAAGGAGAGAGAACUGCUCUUUAAACGCAAGAGUUUCAAAGGUAUACGAAAAGGAUGCCCAGUUGAUUGAAUUAAAAGAAAAAGUGGAAUUUAACAAGCAUCAGUUGAAAAAUUUAACUGAGGCGGCGAAGGCGUCUUUAAACAACAAAGAGAAAGAAGUGGAAGAAGCCAACCGCAUUAUAAAGAAACAAGACGAAACCAUCAAAAAUCUAAUCGAAGAGAUAAGGCAGGAAAGGUGUGACAGGGACCGCCUCGAAGUGCAGUCUGAAAAAAUCAAAGAACUUGAGGCUCAGUUACAAAGAAUGGAGGACGUAAAAAGAAACACUUCAGCUGUUGCCUUGGUGCUUGAGGUGAGACCAGAAAGUUCAGAAAAAGAGAAUUUGAAAAAGGCUAUGGAAGCUAAAGAGUGUGGUUCUCAUAGAGCGAAAGAGCUUCAUAAGAGAAUCGGACAUCUAGAGAAUCAGCUACGCGAGAGGGAUGACCUGAUAAAUGCCACUCUUACAUCUCUAAACAACAGCAAGAGGUCUCUAAUGGAAGCUAACAACACUAUCGAUUUGCUAACUGAACAGCUGGAACGGGAAAAGUCGGAUAAAGAAACUCUAAGAAGGGCUCUCGAAGUGUAUGAGAGUAACUCCUUUGCCAAAAAAGAAAUGACUGAGAAAAUUGAAAAACUAGAGGAGCAGUUACAUGAGAUGGAUGAUCUACGAGAGAAGACUCCAAGGUCUCUUAGAGAGAAAGAAAGGUCAUUGGAGGAGGCUCAUGUGGAGAUCAAAGAGUUAACUCAACAAAUGGCACUCGAAAAGCCGGACAAAAAGUGUUUCAAGAGGAAGAUCAAGGCUAGAAAGGGCACCGCUAAUCGACUGAAUCUCGUUCAAAAAGGGACUAAGAGAGAUACACAGGAGAAGGGUUCGAUAGUGGCACACGUGGGAAAAAGGCUGAAGAACUUGGUGCGUAGACAAGAGGAAGUGAAAGGAAAAGAAACCAGUACAGGACGUGUGUUAGACAAAUCAAGGGAUGAUUUGAGGAGUACCCUUAACUACAGUUAUAAGGAAUUCUCGUCCAUGCGACGGCAGCUUGAAGACAGUCAAUUUGAAAAUUUCGAUCUCAAACAGCGUCUUGGAGAAAAGGAUGGCAAAGUAAGAGCGCUAGAAACAACUACCAAACAACUGCAAGAAGAUCUUCAAAAAACGCAUAAAUACCUAAAAGAAAGAGAAGUCGGCCUUGAUGACGCAAAUGAAACCUUGCAAUUGAAAUGUUCGCUUCUCACAACCUUAGGAGCCGAAUUAUGUCUAAGGAGCAAAGAGUUGACUCAAGCAAACAAGGACAAAGGCCUAGAGAUAACUAGUAUUGAGGCCAACCUUGAAGAAGUGAAAAAAGAGUUAGAUGUUGCUACAUCCAUCGUCGAGAAGCAAAAUGAACAAUGUGCUAACCUUAAGACUUGUGCAACACUAGAUGCAGAAGAAAUGCAAAACGAAUUGAGACGCUUGUCAACUCAAUUUGAAUGUGCCAGAAGCGAGAAAGAAAAAUUUCAAAGAGCAUUGUUAACUGCUACAGCACGUCUGGAAAACGAGAAAUUCUUCGCAGAAAAAGAACAGAAAGCAUCACACGCGAAAGUGAACUCUGGUUUGAAAGAAUUGAAUACCGAAGGUAAACAACUCUGGGACACGAAGAUAGACCUUCAGGGGGCUGCAGUUCCUUUACCUGCACUUGAAGAUAAAGAGGCAGAGCAAGAGGAAAACCUAGCAGCCUUUCAAGGAAAAUUAUUACAUGAACUUAACCUAUUAGAGGAAACACCGUACGUGGAAAAUGAAAAGGAGAGCCCGCUCCUGUUGACAAUUGGCUCAGCAGAACGUGAGAUGGCCAAGCUGACAAGGGAGAAUAGUAGGCAGUUCAGGACUGAGUUAUUACACAAUGGGUUCGAAAACAAACCUUCUGAGUCACCGUGUGAGGUGAGAUAUUUUCCUUGCAAACUGCGAGAGUAA